AUGUCAUUCAGGACACUCAGCUCAUUGCUACCGAGUCCGCAAAACUCAGAAGUCUCCGAGUCUUCAGCAUUUUCUAGACAAUCUAAGGAAAACAUAAAGGAUACAAUAAUAUUAGACAAGCUACGACCGGAGAAUCUACCAGUGGCCUCAAUAUCUGACUUUGUACCUCUUAGACAACGUGAUAUAUCACUAGAGGCACCGUUCCCAUCGACAUCACAGAUUAAUCAAACAUAUGUAAAGACUAAGGCGUUUCUAGACUCGCUGCUAACGAAAAAGAGCUCUCUACAAUUAUCGUCUAUUGCGAACAAGGACAUCGUAAAAAGAGAAGCAAUAAGCUCUGUAAAAUCUGGUACUCAACGUUCAGUUAAAGUAAUAGAACAUAAGAAGGAUCCUUUACAACCGGUAACACACAGGAAAAGGAAGGUCGUUGUACCAUCGGAAGAAAUUCAGGCGCCUAUACUUCAUAAGUCGGAUGACCCUAGUAUUAAACCUACAAAGGAAGAGCUUGAUAAAUGGAGAAUUCCAUCCGCCAUUUCGAACUGGAAGAAUCCUAACGGAUUUGCUAUUUCUUUGGAUAAUAGAGUUGCUAUUGAAUCAAUAAAGACGGACUGCCCAGAUAAUGAUAAGAAGGACAAUUUCCUUCUGCUAUCUGAGGCACUAGACGAAGCAGAAAGAGAAGCAAGACAGAGAAUCAACAUUAAGCAAGAGGCGUACAAGGAGUUAGAGAAGGAAGAAACUUUAAAAAAAGAACAAAGGUUACGUCACUUAGCUGAACGUGCUAGACAGGAUAGGGAAAAUAGGCGACAGUACGAAAAUGAAGAUCAUUAUGUUAGGGAAAUGGAGCGUAAUCAACGUAGGAGAGCAGAACGCGAAUUGGAACGGUCGAAUAAAAUGAGCACAGCAGAAAAGUUAAGACGAUUGGCGUACCAACAAGGAAGAGAUGUUUCUGAUAAAGUUGUUUUAAAUGCUGCAAAAGCCACCGAGACCCCAGAUCUUCAGUACGAUUCCCGCUUGUUCAAGAAAGCGGCAUCAUCUGUGGCAUCAUCUUCAAAUCAAAUUUUCGACCAUCCAUUGUUCAAUAAUAGCCAGAUUGACAACAUUUACAGGCCAACUACUGGUUCUAACUUAGAAAACGAAGAUAUUGUUGAUCGACUCUCAAAUAAGAAAGGAAGAACUGGACCGGUAGAGUUCUCCGCUGCUGAUGAUGGCAAAAAUGCGGAACAGAAUGAGGAAGAUAACGAGCAUGCCAGAGAAUACGGUCUUCAAGUGCGUAAGAAGCCUCAUACUUCUUAA